AUUCAUCUCGAUCAACGAAGAAUUAGUUUCUUCUUGCAGCAGGCGAGAGAAAGAAAGAAAGAGUAUGGGAACGAGAGAUCUCGAACGACUGAUUCCAAUGACGGUUGUUGUUGAUAAUGGAGACUCUGUUUCAUCAGCCGCCGCUUCUUUAUCUCAUCAAGCUUCUACGGGGAAAGAGGCAUUCUCCAAAGUUAUCCGUAGUUGGGCCUCAAAAAAGUUCAUGACGGGAUGUGUCAUCUUGUUUCCUAUAGCUAUCACAUUCUAUACCACUUGGUGGUUUAUUCAUUUUGUGGAUGGAGUCUUCUCCCCAACAUAUACUCAUCUUGGCAUCAAUGUCUUUGGUCUUGGAUUCAUGACAUCUAUAACUUUCAUCUUCGUGGUUGGUGUCUUCAUGUCCUCAUGGUUGGGAGCUUCUGUUCUUAGCUUGGGAGAAUGGUUUAUCAAGAAAAUGCCUCUCGUUAGCUAUAUUUACACUGCCUCAAAACAAAUAAGUGCAGCAAUAUCACCAGAUCAGAACUCACAAGCUUUCAAGGAAGUUGCAAUUGUAAGGCAUCCACGAAUUGGAGAGUAUGCAAUUGGCUUCAUCACAUCAACUCUUAUUCUCCAUGGAAGCUCUGGUGCAGAGGAGCUCUGCUGUGUUUUUGUGCCCACCAACCACCUUUAUAUUGGAGACAUCGUUCUAAUCAGCUCAAAUGACAUUCUUAGGCCUAAUCUCUCUGUUCGAGAAGCAGUUGAAAUCGUCAUCUCCGGUGGCAUGUCAAUACCUCAGGUAUUAACUACCCUGGAUGCACAAGCUGUUCGACCAGCAGGAUUUAGAAAAUAUGCUGUGCCACAGGUUUAACGGUGGUUUUGCACCUCAUAAAAAGUGCUUAAAGAAGUUCUACUUGCACCCAAAUGAGCAGAUUGACAGUAAAAGGAUGCUGUAAAAAGGAAAAAAAAGUUUUGGCUGAGAAGUUGAUGCUUCCAAAUGCUUUAUGAAAUCUUGGCUAUUGAAUUCAGACUAGAGAUGGUGGCUUGCCAAAAGGACUAAUGUCACCGACCAUCUUUUCUUUGUUUUCCUUCUUAUUCCCUAAAAUGUGAUUUGUAUUCAGUAAUUGAUAAAAUUGGCAUGUAUUAAG